AUGGCUGCCGCGACUGAGUCCUACGUGCCCAUGAAUGGCGGCUCGCGGCCCAUGCCACCAGGACCGCAGCGCGACAAUGAAGCACCGUUGCCUCCUGUGCCUGCUGGCGACGGGCCUGGUGACGAGUUGGAUCCCUCGUACAGGGAGAAGAUGCACAAUGUUCUCUCUUCAGACGACUUUGCGGCCUUCCUGAAGGAAAGAUCGGCCCUCGAGGAGAAGCAUUCGCAGGGCUUGAAGAGACUCAGCCGGGCCACACACGACUCGAUCGCAAGACCCGAGGGCAGGCAGGGCACGUUCGCCGAAAACUACAAAGAGCUCACGAGCAUCCACGAGAGAAUAGCCGACCAUGGCCUUCAGUUCAGCAAUGCGCUCUUCGGCAUGUCGGAAGAAUUAUACGAGCUGGCAGCCAACACCGAAAGAGGUCGGAAGCACUGGAAACAGGCGGGUAUGAGUGCGGAAAAGCGAGUGCAGGAUGCAGAGACAGCGAUGGAGAAGGCCAAAAACCGCUACCACUCGCUAGCCGAGCAAUAUGAUCGAGCAAGGACCGGCGAGAGACAGUCAGGCAAGUUCGGGUUGAAGAGGUCUGCAGCCCAGGCUGAGGAAGACCUGCGACACAAGCUCGAAGCUGCCGAUGCCGACUACGCCGCCAAAGUGGACUCUGCGCAGAGCCUGCGGAAUGAGCUGCUGAGCACGCAUAGGCCCCAGACUACCAAUGCUCUACAAGAGUUGACGAGGGAAAUUGACGCAGGCCUGAGCGGGCAGGUGCAAAAAUUUGCCAACUUGAGCGAGAAGCUGAUGCUGGGGUACGGCCUCUGUGUGACCCCCAUGAAGGCACAGUCGUCGGUUCCUGGUCAAUCGCCAAGGAGUCUUCGCGAAGCGGCUUCGGGCAUCAGUAACGAGCGAGACUUCAUUGACUUUGUCCUCGCUGCCAGCACCAAAGCUCCGCCGCAGCGAGCCAACGAGAUCAAGUACGAGAAACAUCCCUCGUUGUCUCCGAAACAACAGCAGCCGGACUAUUCAGAUGACAACUAUCCAUCAAUGCACUCAAGGCAAGUAUCUGGGGUGACUCCUUACCCGGGCAACGAAUAUGGCGAUGAAUCGUCGCAGCAUCCAAUGCCACUGCAAGGUAAUCCGCAAGGCCGUCCUGCUAGUGCCGGACGACCACAAACACCGCAGAACAAUGCUUUGAAUGGCGGCAAUUUGACCAGUGGCAGUCCUUCGCUAGGCCCAGGUCAACAGUCUCAACCUCCGCGGAGCCCCUCGCCGCAACUAGGUGGGCAAGGGUCGCCAAUGGGUCGUGGCCAACCGCCGAUGGGCCCAGGCAGAGGAGCACCGCUAGGAAUGGGAGGAGGCCAACCACAGGGUAUGGGAGGAGGCGCCGCGCCUCCAGGUGGGAUCGGUAGAGCUCAACCUCCACCGGGCAGCAUAAGUCAAGCGCAAGGUCCGCCAGGCGGGUCGAACCAGGGUCAACCGCCUCUGGGCGGCAUGGGAUGGGGCCAAACACCACAAGCCCCAACCCCGCAGGGUCAAGGUGCAACAGGCGAGCCAGGUCCGACGCCGCAAGGCUCCAUGGGACGUGGACAACAACCACCACCUGGGGAAUUGGGACGAGGUUACCCGCCACCUGUGAUGGGCCGAGGACAAGGACUUCAAAGUCCAGGUGGCAUGGGUCAACCUCAGCAACCAGGUAUGCCACCUCAAAGCGCCGGCCGGGGAAUGCCAGGUCCUGGAGCAGGCGGACCUCCUAACGGAGCACCGCGGCCAGGAGGUGUCAAUGCACUUCCGUCGCGGCAGGCCGUCCCGAAAGCUGGUCCGCCUGUUCGUCCUGUGUUUGGGGUCUCUCUCGACGAGCUAUUCCAGCGUGAAGGGUCGGCCGUCCCCUUCAUCGUCAUGCAAUGCGUCCAAGCAGUCGACAUGUACGGACUCAACGUAGAAGGCAUCUACAGAACCUCUGGCUCGGCGAACAACAUCAUGGAGCUAAGACAGAAAUUCGAUCAUGAUGCCAACUCAGUAGACCUCCGCACUCGUGGCGCGGACGAUAUUGCCUCGGUCACCACUCUGCUCAAGCACUUCCUUCGAGAUCUGCCGGAUCCAUUACUUACCGCGGCGCAGUAUCGAGACUUCAUUCAAGCCGCCAAGCUGGAGGACGCUGUACAGCGAAGGGAUGCAAUUCACGCGCUUGUCAAUGCGCUCCCCGAUCCUAACUACGCCACACUGAGGGUUCUGACAAUCCAUCUUCACAAAGUGGCACAGCACAGCAGCAGCAACAAGAUGACCCACAAUAACUUGGCAAUUGUUUUUGCGCCCACCCUGAUGGGCCAACGAGCCGGCGUCAACGGAAACGGGCCCGGAAGUGCGGAUAUUGCAGAUUCAGGGUGGCAGGCUAAGGUCGUGGAGACCAUCCUAGACAAUACCUUUCAGAUCUUCGAUGCCGACGAAUGA